AUGGGAAUCGCCUUCGUCUGGGCCUUCAUUCUGGGGGGAGGUAUUCUCCUUUUCCCGGAUACCCCUAGAUAUCUGUACCGCCAUGGUCACAAAGAAGAAGCCAAAAAGAUCAUGGAAAAAGUUUAUGGAGCGCCACCGAACCACUACAGUGUCCACAUCGAGUUGGAAGAAAUUGAGGCCAAGCUCCGGGCUGAGGUGAACGAGGGAAAUCCAAUUGUUGAAUGGUUCCGUAUGUUCCGAGCUCCAAAGAUGGCACACAGAAUCGUCCUCGGUAUGACGUUGCAGAUGUUCCAACAGUUGACCGGUGCCAACUACUUCUUCUACUACGGCACGGUGAUAUUAAUUCCAGUGAUUUUGAACGGCAUCAACUUCGGAACUACUUUCUACGACCUGUAUGUCGUCGAACACUAUGGCCGUCGUAAGUCACUCAUGAUUGGUUCGGCCUGGAUGUUUCUUAUGUUCUUGAUGUUCGCCAACGUUGGCCAUUUUUCCCUCGAUAAACAUGACCCCCAGAAGACCGAAUCCAGCGGCACGGCCAUGAUUGUAAUGGCAUCGUUCUUUAUCGCAGCAUUCUCGUCAACAUUGGGUCCCAUCGUCUGGACAAUUACUGGAGAGGUGUAUCCCUCGAAAUACCGGGCAAGAAGUAUGGCACUGUCAACCGCCUCAAACUGGCUGUGGAACUUCCUCAUAGCCUUCUUCACACCUUUCAUUACCGGAGACAUCGACUUCCUAUACGGUUACGUCUUUGCGGGCUGCAAUCUGGUCGCUAUUCCGCUGGUCUACUUCUUCGUUAUUGAAGGUCAAGGUCGCACACUCGAGGAGAUCGAUACCAUGUAUAUCCUGAGUGUGAAGCCAUGGAAGAGCAGCGAAUGCGUUGCCCCUCCGCCAGAAGAGCUAGCCAAGAUCAGACGCGAGGCUGGGACCGAUGAUACCGCCGAAGCAGGCGAAAUUACGCCUGCUGGGCAACGCAGCAGCGACGAGACAAAUACUGAGAAGGAGGCCGAAAAAGACGUGGAGCUCCAUGCGUAA